AUGCUAUCUGCUUUAGUUCCCAAGCGGUGUUUUGUUGGCAAGCGCCACUUGGAAGAAGCAGUGAAGACAGUCAAGGAUGCGGUCUUUGAAGUCAACUGGAAACCCUUCUUCCUAAAUCCAACUCUUCCUGACGGGACAAAAAUUCCUUUGGUUCAGUACAUCACCGAGAAGUAUGGAGCUGCUGCUGGGGAAAGCAUCAAGUCAGGGAAAGGGGGUCUAUCGAAAGCUGGACAAGCUGUUGGUAUCACUUUUACCUCUGGGCGCUAUGUUGUCAACUCUCUGAAGUCCCAUUGUCUCCUGGACUAUGCAGCUACAGUAGACAAGCAGAAUGAAGUUGCCGAAAGUCUAUUCCACAGAUAUUUUGAGAACGCAGAAGACAUAAACAGCAUGGCAACGUUGGAGGAUGUUGCUAAGGACUCUGGACUUAAUCUGGAGUCAGCCAUGAAGCAUGUUGGUGAUCCUGCCAUUGCAAACAAGAUCAAGGAAGAAGCAGAGGGUGCYCGCAUUCAAGGAGUCAGUGGAGUGCCAUCUUUUGAAGUAUAUUUGAAAGGAGAAAAUGUGGGAACCUAUCCGAGUUUUUCUGGGGCUCAGCCACCAGCCACGUUUGUUAGCAUCUUCCAAAGACUAUUGAAAAAUGCAAAGAUGUAAAACAUCUAUUUCUUACUCAUGAAUGUAUCAUUAUUAUUUCUUAUAUGAUAUAAUCAAGAUGUUGAUAUAAUCAUUCUCCAGUUUGCUAGGGUUUGUUGUACAAACAUACUCAUGUACCACAGGAAGCCCAAUCUCUAAGAUUGAGAGAAUAAAUAAGGCUUUGUUUGGAGAAUUUUUCUUUGCUCUAGAACAUCAAAGCCUUAUAAAUUCUCUCACUCUUAGAUAUUCCUUCCUAUGUAAUCACAAGUAUUAGCACAAUAUAUUUAUCAAUCUUUAGGUGGGACAUACACACUUGAAAAAAUCUGUUAUAUAUUAUUGUAUGAGAUCUUUGUAUGUUUUUAUCAUUGUAUGAUAGCUCUAAUAUGGAAACACUAAUUAGUGGUAUUGGGGUUUGAUGUUUCUUGAUAGCAUACAGCAUAGAUUCUUGUAUAUUAAAUACAACUGAUUUUGCAAAUGUAUUUCAACAAUAAACGAUUAUUACCUAUUGAAAA